AGACAACAGAUCAAAACGCAAUAGGCGUACUAUGUUUUCAACCUGCAAAAAUUGCAAUGGGUUCCUAACCCUUGGCUGACGUUUAAUUUUAUUUAUUUACGAAAUAAUAAUUGUACAUUUUGUAUAGUUCUAAGUAUAACAUUUGUGUUUAUUUUUAUCAAUUUUUAAUAUUUAUCGUUCAUGAUUAAGAAAUAAUGUCCUUCGAGUACUUGCCCGUGGCCGAAGACGAAAACGAAGAACCCAUAGAACUCCCUAUUGAAGAAGAUGGAACGCUGAUGUUAACAACAGUGUCUGCACAGUUUCCUGGAUGUUGUGGCCUAAAGUACAGGCAUCCUGAAACGAAAACUAUACGUGGCAUCCGACUAAGAGAUGGCAGAUUGUACCCACCCCCUGAAGGCUGGGGUAAUCAAUUAUACGUUUGCAGUUUUCCCAAGGAAAACAAGCGUAAGUCGGGUGAAAACUCAGAAACAUCUACUAGUAAAAACAAACGCAAUGAUAAUCUAUGCUCAGAUUUGAUUGUCUUAGGCUUACCAUGGAAAGCAACUGAGCAAACAGUGAGGGAGUACUUUGAGAAAUUUGGAGAAGUUCUGAUGGCGCAAUUAAAACGAGACCCGAAAACGGGCAUGUCCAAAGGAUUUGCUUUUAUCAGAUUUGCUUCAUAUACAUCUCAAAUGAGAGUGUUAGCCCAGAGACACAUGAUAGAUGGCAGAUGGUGUGAUGUUCGGAUACCUAACUCCAAAGAAGGCUCAGUUACAUCAAUGCCAUGCAAAGUAUUUGUAGGUCGCUGCACAGAAGAGUUAACAGCUAAUGAUUUAAGAGAAUACUUUUCUCAGUUUGGAGAAGUGACAGAUGUAUUUAUUCCAAAGCCAUUUAGAGCUUUUAGUUUUAUUACAUUUUUGGAUCCAGAAGUAGCACAAAGUCUGUGUGGCCAAGAUCAUAUUAUUAAAGGUGUUUCGGUGAAUGUAUCAAAUGCAUCACCAAAACAAAAUAAGAGUGGUUCCAACCAGCGAAAUCUGCCAAGCAGAAACUAUGAAGAAGGGCACCCUCAUAGUGCUUCCAACAAUAACUCAUGGAGCAGCCGUAACAUGGAUAUGGUGAAUAUGCAAGCACUAGGCAUGUCUGGUCAACAUGGACAAACUGCAGUGGCAGGGGGUGCUGGUCAAGCUCAGGGUGGGAGUAUGCCUUUGGGAAUGGGAGGGCUGCCAGUCAACCAGGCAUUAGUAGCAGCACUCAAUCAAGCAGCUGGUUGGGGCCUCAUCAAUAAUAUUCCAUCAGGGGCUUCAGAGCAAGGCCCCUUUGCUGGACCAGCUUCAUCAGCCCCACCGGGUCCACCCAACAUUCUCUCUUGGAUGCAACAAGACACAAACAGCAGUUUCCAGUACAGGCAAUAGUAUAGUGCUUGGUAUAGUUGGUAUAAAUGUCUACCUGAAUGUUGUAGAAUCACUUACACCAACAACAUCUGUAACAAGGCAAGAUCCAGUCAAUUCUCAGAUUCUCAAUGAAAUGUAACAUUAUUUCAUGUCAGUAAUGGAAAAUAAGUUGCAUGUUUAUAAUUUGCCAUAAUAUAUUUAUUUUUCAAACAAUUCAUCUAAUUAAUAGAAUUAAUAAAACUGUGCUUUUGUACAUUAAUAUCUAAUAUAUUUCAACCACAGGCUGUUUGUAAAAAAUAAAAGUCUAUUAAAUUGUUAUCAUUGUUUGUGAAAUAAUGUUGAUUAUUAUAAAUUUAUUGCGUGUUUUCUCAGGUGGAUGUGGGCAUAAGAAUAGAAGACAGAUGUCUAUUUUUGUCGAAAUAAAUAAUAAGACUUAUUUUUGUGAAUAAGCAAUGUGGGAUUCUUUAUUGAAUGGGUAAAUGUAAACUUAAGCACUGACCCAAUAGCCUCUGCAUAUGUUAGUAUGAAAAUGGGUAGGAUGGGUUGUACAAAUUCAUAAUCUGUAAAUAUAAAUAUUCAGACCAACAAUCACACAAUCCAUUUAUUUAAUUAUGUUUUACUAUUUGUAAAUAGGCAUUUGCCAGUUUUACUAUUUAUAAACUGGCAUUUCCCUAAGAGUAUAACAUAGCAAGUUGAAAAUUAGAAAAAACAUCUAUAUAGAUUCAGUCAUAUUCGGCAAAUUGUCUAGUACCUACUGAAGCUUUAUUGGUGUGUUACUAUUAUGUAAUAUGUUACCCUGCUAUGACUAUUAAGUACAACGUGAAAGAAAUCAUUAAUUAGGUAAGCUGACAAUGAACCUGAAGCUAACGAUUUUUGUUUGGUAUUUAUUGUUGAUAAAUCAAAAAUAUUAGGAUAUAUUUGCAGGACUAUCAUCAUUGAUUUCCUACGUCGUUACUAUAAGUAACUUAACUUGAAACUUUUUGAACUGUGUUAUUAUGGGGUACAACUUUUAAAUAUUCAUUAAACAUAUUAUGUUUUAAAAGACAUUUAAUAGUUUUCAAAUCAGAGUUGGGUGUAAUCGAUUACAUUGUAAUCUGAUUGAUAAUCAGAUUAAAAGUUGCAGCAAUAAGCUGUGACAAACAAUGAAAAUAAAAUAAUUUAAACCAUACUUAAAAUACGUAUUGGUAGGUAUAUAUAUGUUCAAUUUUUGACAAUUCGAAUGUUAUUUCUUUACAAUAAGUGCAAGCAAGUCUCAACUCAAGUUUUUCUCUUUUCUGUUUAUAUUGAUUGUGUACUUAUCUGCAUACAGGUGUUGGAA